AUGGCUGAAGAUCAGAUCCUCGACAACGGGCUUCCCCAAAUGAACCGAUAUAUCACAGACCAUAGACCAGAUGGAAAAGCAAUUUUCAACACUGAAAUCCCGACCCCUUUGAGCUGGGAAAAAUUGCCAAAUGGUGCUGCAUUUGCUCUCAGCUAUACCACGAACGAAUUCCCGGCUAAUUUGAACGGCGGCAAGGAUGUGGCCAAAUAUCAAUCUUACCUUCAAAGCCCACCAGGUCUAACCAUUCCCGGUGGCUCGGUACUACGUAUCGUCGAUAUCAACCCGGAUUCACUCUCCCCAAUGCACCGAACAGUUAGCCUUGACUACGGCGUUGUGAUAGAAGGUGAAGUCGACCUCAUCCUCGACUCGGGUGAAGUUCGACAUAUGAAAAGAGGAGAUAUUGCGAUUCAGCGGAGUCCAAUGCAUGCUUGGAGAAACCCCAGUAAAAUGGAUUGGGCUCGCGUACUUUUUGUCUUGCAGGAAUCGCAGCCUUUGCAGUUAGAAGAUGGGAAGAAUUUGGGAGAGGAUUACGGGCAGGGCAUGGAUGGUGUGCCAUCGUCUCAUUCAUAG